AUUUUAAGCGAAUUAGAUUUGUUUUGAAUUUUCGAGCUUAUCGAUGAUCGAGAAUCUCUGUUAAUAAAUUAAGGAGAUCGGCGUGACCUGAGGUAACUCGAAAUCAGGGACCCGCGCGCGCGCGCGCGCUUGUCGCCGUUUUUACCGUGCGAUACGGGUAUAAAACAACUUGUCGAUAUGCAAUUAUGUAAGUUGCGCGCGCAUUGUUAAGCGCGCCUGGCGAGGAGAGGUUAAGUGCGGGCGCUCGUGACGUACGCACAGUGUACUGCACAGUGGUGGUGGGCCACCACGGUAUACCUGGGACUCCGAUGUUAAUUGCUGCCCUGCAUCACCCGUUACUGGCCGCUACCGCGAGCGGCGACGACGACGACGGCGGCGACGGCGAGGGUCGGCGGUGGAGAACGUUCGCGUGAUCGAUGGUACCCGCCUCCUCCUGCGUGACGGCGCCGCGGGAGCCAAUUUAGAGAGCCCUGCGAAAGGAUAUAACUCCUUCGCCGACGACACGUCCACGGCCGCCGCAUAGCGACGGCGAAACUUCGCUCGCGAUAAAGUGAUAAGUGCACACUCGCUAUCGACAUGUCGACACGCCGGAGAAGCGAUCCGUCGAUGAUCCAGCGGAUUUGGGACACGAUCAAAAUCACGGUACAUCAAAGGAGCUUACCUAGUAAUGACCGUAUGGUACGGCACAUGGCUCGAGUUUACGGCUUUACAGAGCAGGAGGGUCAGGAGGAGCUCAACAAGUCGGUCGAGGACGGGCUCGUCCUGCUGAAGAAGGUGCCCACGAAGAGCGGCGUCGAGCAGGAGAGCUACAGACUGCCGUCGACAGACGCGCAGAACGACAGCCACGAUUGGUAUUGUUGCAAGUGCCAGCUGGCAGGCUCGGUCGAGUGCUGCGAGCAGUGCUGGAGGGUUUUUCACGCGGAAUGCCACGUGCCCAGCAACGCGAAGCUGAAGAUUUGUAACUUCUGCGAGAAGAUAAACAGCGACGUGUAUCCCAGCAAGGAUGACCUCAACCACAUUCUUAGUUUCACGUGCGGCCAUCUGAAAGCGAAAUUACCACCGGAAAUUACAAAUCGUACCAUCGUCUUCAACAACGAUCCGGUCGUUACGCCACCCAACGGCCUCUCCGGACCGACCUGGGUGAGCGAGGGUGAGGAUGCAUGGCGGCCGGGGAUUCUCAUAAAGCGUCACAUGGAUUUGGCGAUAAUGGACGCGAAAACGAACAACAAUGAGUACAACAAUCUCGCCGAAUUUGAGGCUGAUGCGCACAAUAUUCUGCACAACAUCAUAAUAUAUCACGGAGUUAAUAGCGUGAUAGCGGAUAUGGGGCGCACGAUGUAUCAGGACUGUUGUUACGACCUUCAAGAAAUACGUCGUUGCGCGGACUGUUAUCGUAUAUCGAACGAAAAGUCUGAGAAGAUGUGGUUCUGCAUACCGUGCAAUCCGCCUCAUCAAUUAGUCUACGCGAAGCAAAAGGGAUAUCCGUAUUGGCCGGCGAAGGUCAUGCAAGUUAACGGCAAUGUAUACGACGUGCGCUUUUUCGGAGGUCAUCACAUGAGGGCUAAUAUCGAGAAAGUUUUCAUUCGGCCGAUCUCUUCCACGUUACAAAGUUUGCAGAUAAAAAAAUCAACGGCGUGGAACAGGGCUUUCGAAGAGCUGAAGCAACAUCAGCACUUCUUGCACAAGUUGGGAAAGAAUAAGGAAGAUAACGCGAAUGCGACGGAGGAUUGUACGCCUGCGAAAAUGCGAAAGUUGGAAUCGUCGAGUUCGUCGAGGAGUACGUCGUCGCACGGUUCCAAUUUGCCAAAGCAACUGAAAGAUUUGAGAGUGAGAGUCGAACGCUUGAGUUCGGAGGGCAAUACCGAGACGCAAAACGCAAACGACGAGACGGAUAAUAAAGAGGACGCUACGGAGGCUACUAACGCCGAGAACGAGGAGAGGCAGGUGCCUCGUUUACCAGUGGCGGAAGACGAGCCCGCGGGAGAAAGCAUAACGAGCACGUGUCCGCAAGGCCUGAAGAAGGAAGGCUCCCAGGAAGACAUGGUUACAUCCAGUUGUCAGGAACCGAGAUCGAAGUGCGUUCUCGUGCAAACAGAACAAAUUCAAACGGAUGGGCUUCCCGCCAAGAUCAAAAGGGAACGCCGAACUUCGGAACAACCUACGACAACGGCGCUGGAAAAAUUGCGCCGUGAACUGGAGCUCGAGAAGUGCCGAGAAAUGGAAAGACUGCAAGCGGAGCAUGCCAAAGAAUUGCGGCAAUUAACCGACAGACAUCAACAGAUCGUCUCUGACAUAAAAAAGAAACAAUGGUGUUAUAAUUGCGAAGCUGAAGCGAUAUAUCAUUGUUGUUGGAAUACCGCAUAUUGCAGCACGGACUGCCAACAGAUUCACUGGCAACGUGAACAUAAAAGAGUAUGCAGGCGUAAGCGUUAAUCAUGAGUACAAUGAUACAUAAGAAAGCGUUCAGAUUAAAAAAAAUAUAAAAAUAUAUAAUAUAUAAUACAUGAAGGUGCAAGCAUCUUCCAGUCUAUGAAAGAAUUUACCUCUUUCUACUUGUCUGUCUCUCUGGACGCUUUUUUCCACCCCUAUUAUUGUAUAUAUGUAUGAAUGUAUGUGUGCGUUAUGUGUAUGUAUAUGCAUGUAUACAAAAGUAUCCCAGCGAAAUACUGCGAUAAGAAAUGAAAUUGAACAGGAUGCUGUCUAAUUUUAUUAUUUUUCGAAACCGACAAUUGUUAGAAGCAAAAACUUGAAAAUUUUAAAAAAUUUGUGUAAUGUCUCUCCGAGAUAAGUAAAAAUAAAUUAUUCGACGUAAUCGAGGAGUCUGAAGAAAAUAAAAGUGUUUCGAACAGGCUGUAUGUAUGCAUAUAUGUACACAUAUCAAGAGAAAUAGCAAUAGAAGCACAUUAAUAUAUUCUUGACACCAAUUCGAUAUGCCUUCGUAAACUUCCUUUCUAGGAAGGAUUGUUACAUGUACACCGCAGGUCUUGAUCCGAAAAGACUAUUUUCACUUGUAUCAAGCAACAUAACAAGAUAGUUUUAAAUAAUCAUAGUUUUAUACUUAUUGAUAUUUAUACAUUUACGCAAUAGAGAACUACUGAAACGAAAGGAUUGUGAGACCGUAUGCGAGAAAACAAUUCGUAAAAGGUAUAGAUUUGUUAAUUUUUUUUUUGAUCUAUUAUUUUUCUAGAUAAGUUUCUUUUUGUUCCAUAUACGAUAUAUUAAUAACAGAUUUUAUACGAAUGCAAUCUCGCGAUCUUUAGCGAAAUUGUUCGCGGCACUUCGAUAUACAUAUUUUUCCGGAACAGCAUGAUCAUGUUAUCAAGUUCUUAUUGAAAUAUGAGUUCCCAAAA